AUGAAUGAAAAGGCUAACUUUCAAAGGGGCAUAUCUAGAGCCCUAAAAAAUGAACUAAGUGAAGCGCAAGUAAAUCAAAGAAUUAAAAAUAUCAAUUUAACCAAGCGGUUAAUGUCAUAUGAAAGAUAUAUAUCUGCUGUUCCAAAAGAGGAGAGAAGAAAUGAUUUGAAAAAUGACUGGCAUCCAGAAACACCACGAAUUAACAAAAAUCUCAGCUUAUCUCAAUGGAAUAGGGAGAUGAAAAAAUGGAGGAAGCAAGUACAUGCUUGGGGUAAUAUGUCUGAGGAUGUUCACAAGUAUAUAUGUAAUUUAUCUGCUUCAGAAAAAUAUAUUUAUUUAUCAAAACUAAAAUUACCAGAUCUUAGUCAAGUAGAAAUUAAAAAUUUGAAAAAAAAAAAUGAAGAAUUUUCAAAUAGGACAUUAAAAAAUCUUCUACAAAUAGGUGAUAAUAAUCAUCAGGAUCAAAAUACCAGUGAUCAAAUAAUCGAUAAACCGCUUUUUUUUUUACCUCAAAAUUUUAAUGGGACAAUAUUAAACAACGAAUUUAUUAUUAUUAAACGAAAUUGGUUAGAGGAAUCCCUUUUUUCUUUAAAGUGUGCAUAUGAAGAAAAAUAUGACUCUUUAUAUGAAAAAUAUUAUUCCCUAUAUUUCAUGUCGAACAGUUGUAAUACUAGUAAGGAAAAAGAACAAUCGAAAAACAACGAUAUUGUCAUUUAUGCAAAAGGGAUGAAAGGUGUAACAACUACUGCCAUAAUACACCAAUACUUUGAGAGGAAAAAGGAGGAAGCUUCUCAAUAUUUAAAUCCAUUGUGCAUGAAGUCUAAGAUUAAACAUUGUUAUGAUAGGGGAAAGACGAGGAAAAGGUUUUAG